AUGAGAAAGGGUGGGAAGGUCACUACCCUCACCUUAUUCCACCUUCGUCCCAGCAACUGCCUCCGUGAGGCCAUAGUAGGAUCGUCGGCGACUCCAUGCGACUUCGAUGAUGGGCCUGAGGCCGGUGUCGAGGUUACCGUGGUGUUUCCCUCUUCCGAGACCAUCCUCCACUGUGCCACAGAGUUUCCUGCCACCUCUACUGUUACAUUGUCGCUAUCAUCACCGGAGGACUCGUUUCCAUUGCUCCAGUUAGAGAUUUUCCAUCUCGAAGGACUAGUGUGUCAUGUCGAUGCCCCAACCACCAUAAGAACCGUUGUAGCGUUGUUGCUCUUCCCCUCCGAGUCGCUGCUGCCUUCCUGA